UCCCCCACGUGGUCGGUAUGAAAACCAAAUCUUUAUUGUUGAGUCAUUCAAUAGUUGCUAUUGUGGCAGUGAUUAUAACAACGGCAAUAUGGCUCACGACUUAUUUUGUAGCUGUAAAUCCAAACAUUAAUAACAAUGGUGGACAAGUUAUCAACAAUUACUCAAACAAUUAUUGCCCCACAACUGAUAACACCUGUCAACUCCCUCCAAUGCCAAAAUGCGCGGAGACUUGCGAAUUUGUUGUCUGCGAAUCUAUUCCAGCAGGAAUGACUUUCAAUUCAAGUUAUCCGAUUUUCAACUCAACAACCGAUUGUUGGAUGAGACUCAUGAGUGAAGCAAAAGAAGAAAUUCUUAUUGGCAGCUACUAUUGGAGUUUGUUAGUGAAAGACACCGGAGAUGGUUAUACGACAGAUGAUACGAAUACCAGUUGGAAUGGAGCUCAAAUCUACAACACACUUCUCUCAACUGCUGUUAAUCGAAAUAUUUCUGUAAGAAUUGCCCAAACAUAUGAAGCUGGUGGUUACCCGGAAACCGACGAUUUAGUUAAAAAUUCCAAUGGUAGAAUUCGCGUUAGGAGCUUGGAUUUUAGAAAUUGGUAUAUCGGAGGUAUUCUCCACACGAAAUCAUGGGCAAUUGAUGGAAAACACUUUUACAUUGGAUCCGCAAACUUUGACUGGAGAUCACUUACCAAUGUCAAAGAACUUGGGGUUGCCGCAUUUAAUUGUCCGUGUUUGGCUAAUGACUUGAAGAAUUUGUUAGAAAUUUAUUGGAAUAUGGGAGCUCCUGGAGCAACGAUCCCAAAACAAUGGGAUAAUAGUCUGUCAACUCCAGCAAACCAUCAAAGUCCAAUGAGCGUUUUUCAGCCAACAGGUAGUCAGGCUAUGUAUAUUUCAGCAUCUCCUCCAGGAUUCCAAGCGUGUGGAAGAGAAGAUGAUUUGACUUCAAUGAUAAAAACUAUUGAUGAAGCUCAAGAAUAUUUAUAUAUGGCAGUAAUGGACUAUUCGCCUUCAACUUUGUACUUGAAAAAUGCGAAUAAAUGGAAACCCGAGCUGGAUAAUGCUAUCAGAAGAGCAGCCUUUGAAAGAGCAGUUCAUGUUCGAUUCAUGGUUUCAUUAUGGCCACAUACUUACUCAGAUGUCUACGGUAUUCUAUAUUCUCUGCAAGAUAUUUCAGAUCAUCUGCCAUGCUACAAAUGGGACUCUAACGACAAAUGUAUAAAGAAGGGAUCAAUCGAGAUAAGAUUUGUGCAGGUUCCUGAAAUGCAAUAUGGAAAGAUUCCAUACGCAAGAGUUUAUCAUAAUAAGUAUUUUGUAACGGAAAGUGCCGCAUAUAUUGGAACAUCAAAUUGGUCAUCAGACUAUUGGCAGUAUACAGCCGGUAUCGGAAUAGUGAUCCGUGCGGAUGAUUUCACUUCCAAAUCCAAACUCGUUCAACAAUUCACUUCCGUGUUCGAAAGAGAUUGGUCCUCAACUUACACAAUUCCUUUGAAAAAUUUUACAAUAUCCGGUAAUAGGACUAGUAAUUUCUAUUGAGCUUACUCUUUCACCUCUCCUUCUGCUCACAAAUGCCAAUAAAUCGUUCAUCUGUG